AUGGUGUAUUUGAUCAUAUUCUCAAAUUACAACUUCGAGAACCCUCCGACGAUCAGCAGGAAGGUGCCGGUGAGCUAUGCUUACAAGUAUGGCGUGCACGAUCCCGCCACGGGUGACAUCAAACACCAAUCGGAAGAGCGAACUGGUGACGUGGUCCGCGGUCAGUACAGCCUCGUUGAGCCCGACGGUACCGUGCGAACCGUCGACUAUACGGCCGACCCGGUUAACGGUUUCAACGCGGUUGUCAGCAAGUCYGGUAAACCAAAGAAACCGCGAUACGUCGUCCAGACCGUACCCGUCAUUCGGACCGUGCCUGUCGUCCGGACCGUGCCAGCUGUCCGGACUGUUCCUGCCACCGCCGCCGCAGAAAUCGCGGACGACCCGCACUCGGCCAGAGGACCGAUAACUUUCCCGAAGAAUGCACAAGAAGACUUUUCAAUUACUGCACCGGUAUACGAGGAAUAUUACGACGCAACUGCCAUACAUCCUAAUGAAGUCAACCCGCGCUACGUACAACACUCGAAUUAUUAUAAAGAAUAUUUUAAUUACUGAAUCAGAAAUAUUAAACGUGUCUAUGAAAUGUCUGAACUCCAAUCAAAAAUUUUCGACUAGUUACUUGAACAGCAAUAAUAUUACCUAUAUUGUACUGUAACAUAGUUGUAUGUGAGUGUAAUACAUCGAUCGUUAAA